AUGGGUAAAAGAAAGACCAAGAGAAAGCCUCAAAAGAAGCUCAAGGACAAAUUAGACACACAAUUCAACUGUCUCUUUUGUAAUCAUGAGAACAGUAUUGAAUGCAAAAUUGAUUCUCCCAACAAGGUCGGUAUCUUGACUUGCAAGAUCUGUAGUGUGUCAUGGCAAUGUCCUGUUACAUAUUUGGAUGAGCCUGUGGACGUCUAUUCAGCCUGGAUUGAUGCUUGUGAAGACGUAAAUCAACAGAGACGCAUGAAGACAGCACAAAAAUCAAGAGAAAGUAGAGACGAUUCAAGAUCACCACCGCCUCAAAGCUAUUCAGAAGAUCGACUGGAUCCCUUUGACGAAGACGACGACGAUGAUGAUUACUAG